ACCUCAAAAUACCUUUUUGUGACCAAAACAUUUAAAUAGUGGAGUCAGAAGUCUCUCCGCCAGUGUGAGCACCUCACAACAUGUGGACAAUCACAAGCACGCUCCUGCUUGCAUGCUGCCUCCGGGCAGCUCUAGUUCAGAGCCAGGACCACGACGACAUCGAGCCAGGACACACGAGGAUCGUUAGGGAAGACGUGCUUGACUUUUUUACCAGAGACACCAGAGAUGAAUGCAGCAUGAGCGUGAGAAGACAAGGUGAUCUGACGAAGCUCCGCAUCACUUGCCUGGGCAUGGAGCGCUCUUACUGGUGUGAAUACCAGGGCAAGCCUCAGGUCUGCCGCACUUACAAUACCAGACCACAGCAUUACUUCAGGCAGAUCAUGUGGGACCUCCGCAAGCUGCAGAAUGCUUGCCAGGGCCAGCGUGUCCUCAGGCCUUUAAUGUGCAGGAGAGCAUCGAACGAGGCCCAGAUGGUCUUCACAAGCGCUUCCUCAUCACACGCCGAACCAAAGGACAGGCCCUACAGACCUGUGCAGAUGAAACCACAACAACGGGAGCAGAGGCCAAAGCCUACUAGACCACAAAUAUUAAGAACCCAACCAGCCAGAAUUAUACAGGACAAACCAAAUCGACCCAAAGCUGUCAAAUCCACCACACAGAGGAGAAUCAUUACACCCAAACCUACUGUGCCACAAACAACUACGCAGGUCCCUUUGAGUGAGGCCAAGAAACUUGCCCAGGACUACUGCUGGCGCUCAUUUCGGGGAGUGUGUUCCUUUGUCAUAGGGUGGUUCAGAGACUAAGAAAAAGCCAAUCACAAUCCUGCAGACAACAAACCCCAUUCAAGAUUAAUCCAAAUGUCUAACAGCAUGUAGGUUUUGGACUAACAGAGAGAAAUGGAGGUGUGUGUUACGACUGACAUGAUUCUGAGAACACCAUCAAUAUAUUCUAAUGUAUUGUAAAUGUACAGACUCUGAUCUAAUCUUAUCAGAAUUGACAAGAUUACACUGCUAGUUAUCAAAUAAUUUAGAUGUUGAGCAUAAUGCUGGCAUGUUUUGCUAUAUGAUGAGGAACUUCAUGUGUACUGAAUACUAUGUGUAUUAAUCUUGCUAUGUUAUAUAUUUAUGAGUGCUGACCAAUUAUGGGUCAGUAUUUCUGAAAGCUGUGGAGCCACAGGUCACUUCAGACUGUGCUUUAUCAAUUUGAAAAAUGUGUAAUAUAC